ACUUGGGUCACCAAGGCAUUUAUAAUCCAUAUCCAGCAUUUGUUCACGCACAACUGGGUCGGUAUGGAAGAGGCAGACCUGGUCAAGGAGCGGCUCCAAGCCAUAACGGAUAAGAGGAAAGUCCAAGAGGACAUUGCUCAUAAAAAGCUGGAGAUUGACAAGGAGAAAUUAAAGCUUCAGCACUUAAAGAAAAAGUCAUUGAGAGAGCAAUGGCUCAUGGAUGGAGCAGCCACCCAGAGCCCACAGCAGAGAGAGACUUUGAGGGGAGAUCAACAACAAACUAAGCUCCUCCAGACCAGCAUCCACAGGAUUGAGAAAGAGAUUGAGGCUAUGGAGAGGGAAGAGACGAUGAUAUCAAAAAACGAGGGCUUCAUACUGAAGAGACUGAAGGCUAUUGAGAAAACCCCUGAGGAGAUAAUAAAGGAGGCAAAUGAGAAUUUCAAAGAAGAGACAAUCUAUAUUUCCCCAGCUACUCUAGAUGUCCCAAAGUUCUAUAAGCCUCAAAUUUCAAGGAAGCAGUCCUUUAAAUUUAAUAAGGACACACCCAAACAAACCAUGUUUGCAAUGGAGAUCAACGUCCAGAAGGACCUCCGUACCGGGGAGAGCCGGGUCCUGUCUACAUCCACCGUCACCCCCCAGGAGCUACAGCAGAGAGGGGUUAAAGUCUACGACGACGGCCGUAAGUCCGUCUAUGCCCUGCAGUCUGAUGGGUCUCACCUGGGGAAUGGAGUGGAUGAGCUCAGCCCUAUAGAGGUGGAGGAGCUGCUGCGAGCAGCCACAGAACAGAAGAAGUCUCAGAGAGGACCUCGGGGCCACCAGGGCCAUCAGGAAUCAGCACCUGCAUUCUCCCCUAACUAUAGCCCUCGGGGCCACCAGGAACCAGUGCCUGUAAUUUCCCCCAACUGUGGCCCUCUGGGCCACCAGAAACCAGUGCCUGCAUUCUCCCCCAACUGUGGCCCUUUGGGCCACCAGGAAGCAGUGCCUGCAUUCUCCACCCCCUGUGGCCCUCGGAGCCACCAGGAGCUCAGCCCAAUGGAGGUGGAGAAGCUGCUCCGAAAGGCUAUAGUGCAGAAGAUGCCUCAAAGCGAAGCUUUCCCACAGGACCAUCAGGUUCACCAGGAAUCAGUGCCUGCAUUCUCCACCACCUCCGGCAGGAGUGCCUCAGCCUCCAACAGGCCCCAACAGAGUCAUGCUAAAGUCCUCCAAGGAACCAAUGGGAAUGGGUAUCAGCAGGAGUUGUAUGAGCAUGACGUCCUCUCCAGGAAGGAGCUCCACUACAUUGAUGGAGUCCACUACUCAGGGCCGGAGAGUCUCUCCUCCUCCCCUCACAUUCCAGUCCCCUCUUUCAUCUGCAGGAAGGACGAGGAGUACUACCAGCCAACCAACGGGUACAACCAGAACCCUUUCUCCUAUGGCGGGGAGUUUCACCCCACCCACAACUCCUACCAUAGCCCUAGAGAGAGCCAGCAAGGCGGGAUGUUUUACAACUCGUCGGCUAAAAAGGACCAGAAACCAUCUCCGAUCUACCAGGAAGACUUGCACUUCAGUAUCCUGAACGCCAUAGACACAUCUGAGCCUAUCACUGCGAUCUUUAUGGGCUACCAAACCGCCAAGGAUGACAGUGGACGCGGUCUGGGCUACGAAGGGUCCAUCCGGGCUGAGCUUGUCGUCAUUGGCGAUGAGGAUGGGGUGGACGAGAGUAACCCUCAGCUUAACACCUACAACCCGGAUGGAUACAACAACUGGGGUUAUCAUCACUCUCAACCUCAACAGAAAUUAAUACAGUACAUGGCAGAGCCCACCGCUAAUAUUAACGCUAACAAUGCGUCACCGUACACAGCGUCAAAGAAGUUGGUCUACCCUGGUCAACAGGCCAAAGAGGCAUGCUACCCAUAUUCAGACGGACAGUUGGACGCGACAGAGAAGCGCCCAGCCCCAGCUUCAAGUACGUGUAUGGAGAAACCGGAACAGUUUGUGUAGAAAUACUCCAUGCAAGACUCAUCAACCCUUCAAGUUCCAUGACGAGGAGGAAGAAACACAUCUUUGCGCAACACAUUCGACGAACACCGAGCACACUUCUGUGAGGCCAUCAACUUUAUAUUUGGAUUCCAAAUAUAAUUCUCAAUACAAGGUUCUGUUUAAAAGUGUAAAACAUGUUUGUUCAUAAUGUUUCCUUACACAGAGUAUUAGAGCUUAAAAUAUACCAAUGAUGUCAUUUCGAGAAGGAACAACCAGUCUAAAAACAGACUUUUGAAGGGAAUCGCUGAUCUUAAAUGAAAUAUCUGCUUGUUCAAUGUUCCUGAAGAUAUCAGUGCAUUUGAUGUUUACUCUCCAGCCUUUACGCUGCUGCCAGAUAUAUUUUCCUCCUCUACUGUAGGCUACUAGCCAGCACUUUUCAUAUGCUAACAAACCUUUUUAGAGUGCCUUAAUGUAAUUUGCUGUUGAAACUGUAACCUGCUUGUGUAUUGGUAUAAUAAAGUCAUGCUAACAAAAUCAUUAAAAAGCUAAUUGUCACGCAA